GAAGCAUCUUGCUCAUCCUCUUCUUUUGCGUCGCCCUGCUUUCUGCGCGCACCAUGCCGCACAUGCGUUCUCUGGUGCUCCCGCUAUGGAUCACUGUCGCAGCAGCCCAAGGUAAUGCACUGGGUUUUUCCGUCUUCACUGCUCCAGGGGCUUUCCCAACAUCGCUGUACCGGUCCUACUACAACGACCCCACUGUGACCACCGCUCAGCCCCAGCCUAUCAUUUCCGACCCGGUCACGCAUCAAGUCUACCCCUACUGGCUGACGAAUCCGGAAACCAUUCCGAAGAAUGAUACUUGGGAACCUCAUGAGCUCCCGCCGACAGCGUCGCCUUCACAGAUCGCGGAUGCGGCGCUGCAGCAGAUCCUCGAGGUCAUCACCAACCCCAUCUUCGGGACCAACACAUGUUCGCGCUGUCAGGCCGCCCUCUCAAUAGCCAAGAUAGUCGCUCUUGCAGCACCGAGUGAAGGCCCUGGGCUGGCGGUGCGCCUAUGCGAGGCCUUGGAAGCGAGCGCGGACUGCGGCUCCGAGUAUGGACAGUAUAGUCUCGGUGCAACCAUCACUCAGGUCGCUGCGUUUGCCGACGUCGGUGGCUACGAUGGACAGGCAAUAUGCGCGUACUAUGCGGGAUUGUGCCCCGUCCCGGCCACCAGUCCAUUGAACUUGACCUCUUGGUUCGCAAAGCCCAAACCCAACUCCUUGCCUGCGACUCGACAAGCUACUGGCGAGAGAAUGAAGGUCUUACACUUGUCUGACCUGCAUAUCGACCCCCGAUACAUGGUCGGCUCUGAGGCGAACUGCACGACUGGACUCUGCUGCCGUGCCGGCGGCAUGGCUGCGUCCAACACCUCCAGUAUUCCAGCGCCUUGGUUUGGAUCGUAUUUGUGUGACUCUCCAUUGUCGCUCGUCGCUGCGACGUUGCAGUCCAUCCCGGUCUUGACGGGAACGCAGGAUUCACCGUUCAAUUGGACGAUAUACACGGGUGAUCUGCUCUCGCACGAUGCGUUCAACGAAUUGUCUAGGGAGUACACGCUGUAUACUGAGACUGUUGUCUACGAUCUCAUGAAGCGCAUGCUCAACACUGGUCCUGUCUAUGCGGUCCUCGGGAAUCAUGAUACCUACAUGACGGCCAUGAGUUCGCCUUACAACAUCGGAGGUGGGUUUGAGGGACAGUUCAACUGGGACUACGAGCACCUCGCGGCCUUGUGGGAACUCGAGGGGUGGAUCGGUCCGGAAAGUGCACAGCAAGCCCGGACGAACUACGCCGCAUAUUCUGUGCAACGACAGGACGGGCUGCGUAUCGUUACGCUGAACACCGAGUUCUGGUACACUCAGAAUGCGUACAACUACAUCAACUUGUCGUCCUCCGACAACUCGGGCAUGCUCCGCUUCUUGACCGAUGAGCUGCAAGCGGCUGAAGAUGCUGGUGACCGAGCUUGGAUACUGGGCCACGUUCCAAGUGGCUACGAUACGGCGGAUCCGAUUUCCAACCCUACCAACUUGUUCUACCAGAUAGUCGAUCGAUACUCUCCGCAUGUCAUCGCAGGUGUCUUUUUUGGCCACACACACAAGGACCAACUGCAUCUCUUCUACGCGAAUAAUGGGACGGUUAUGAACGCCGAGACCGCGCUGGCAGUUGCAUGGCUCGGCCCGUCAGUCACUCCUUUGACCGACUACAACGCUGGUUUCCGCGUUUACGAGGUAGACUCUGGGACAUUCGAGGUUCUCGAUUCAUAUACGUGGUAUGCCGACGUGAACAGCUUUCCUGGACUUGACGGACAGGCAGCAUAUGGGCCGGAAUUCCAAUUCGAGUACAGCGCCAGAGACAUCUAUGGCUCCGCUGUUCCUGAUUGGGGACCUAAUGACCCUCUGAAUGCUACGUGGUGGCAUCGAGUGACGGAAGCUAUGGAAUCCGACUCGGCUCUAGUUGAGACAUACACAAAGCUGAUGACCAAGAGUUCUGUCAAAACGCCGCCUUGUACUGGCAGCUGUAUAAACCAGACGAUCUGCGCCAUCCGUAGCGGAAGCGCAAGCAUUCUGAUCGAGAAUUGUUCAUGACGAGUUGACAGCAGCCUGGGUAGAACUUAGCGGCUAACACCAUCUGUUCCUUGUUUAUUGAUCUGUACUCUCAUUGAGCGAGUGCGUUCCGAACACGAGACGAG